GACUGCAUAAAUCGUUCUCUGAGUCGUUCAUCGUCACAUCUUCUGUGAAUUCAAUUAUUUUGUUUCGUAUACAUAAAUCUCGUUUUAUUAAAAGAAAUUCAAAGGAAAAAGAAAGGUUUAAUCUGAAAAUGGCUUUCCGUAAUAACAAUAACAACAAUCGCCGUAAUAAUCAGGGCAUGAACUUUAACAAUAAUAACAACUAUGGAGGAACAAUCAGUCGUGGGAACGUCAAUCCUUGGGAUGGACCUAGCAUGGGGAAUAACAACAUGGGCCGUGGAAAUGAUGCUCUGGCCUUGGCUAACAAUCUCUUAAAUAAUUUAUUGCGUAACCAGAAUCAAAACAAUGUGCCACCCUCUCUUUUGGAUAUGGCAGGACCACGAGGAAAUUAUAACGAUUGUCCAAGGAUUUAUAACGAUUUCCGUAUGAACCGUGGAAAUGGCGGUAGAAUGCCCAAUAAUAACCGCCGAAAUAACAAUCGUGUUGUCAAAGGCGCUAUUCGAAAGCCAAAUGUUGGUAAUCGUAAACCAAACGCUCAAAAGAAUUUUAAUAAUUCUAAGCAAAACGAUUCGGUGACAGAACAAACAACAAAUAAGAAAAAUGAUAAUGCGAGAAAUGUCCACGAAAUUAAGGAUGAAGCCAUUCCAGUAAAGGAACCUAAGCGCAAGAAUUCUCCGUAUUCUGAUGUUCCAAACGAUAUGUUUUACUGCCAUUUGUGCGCAAAACAUAUGUGGGAUUCAACAUCAUUUGAAAAUCAUUUGAAAGGGAGAACUCAUCAGAUGAUGAAGGAAGGCGUUGAAGAAUCCUAUCGAUUACGAGCCAACAUGCUUCGUCAAGAAGCUAAAAUUGCUGAACAAUUGAAAUCCAUUGAAAUUGAUCGCUUGAAACGAUUGGGAAAAGCGAUUCGUGCUGCAAAUCAAAUUCGCGAAUAUUGUGCAAUGUGUGAUUUGCAGUUUUACGGACAUUUAUCGACUCAUCGGAAAUCUGAAGGUCAUUUGGAUCUGAAGAAAUUUUUGCAUCCAAAAUGUGAAGACUGUUCAACAGAAUUUCAUAAUAGAACCGAAUUUGACGAUCAUUUGCUUUCACCUGGUCAUAUGAAGACUAGUAAAACUCCACCAUCAUAUAAAUCUGAGGAAAGUCGCAAAAAUCGUUUGCAUAUAUUGACUGAAAUUGAUGAAACGCGAGGACUUCGCGAGGAAAAACCUAAAAAAGAGAAAUCUAAAGAUGUCACUUCACAAGAAACUGAGACCGAAGCAUUGACCGAUGAUGGCGAAUCAAAAACAGUGCAAGAAACUGAAAAAAUGGAAACUGAAGUUUCCGCUGCUGACAACGAAGUGAAACAAGAAGAUGAUGUUGACGACAACGAAAACCAAAAUGAUCAUCAAGAGUUUGAACCAAUCUUGGAUUACAUCGAAGGCGACGAAAUUGGUCCUGAAAUUGAGAACAAAAUUCCAAAAUAUAAUUUUAAGCGUCAAGUUGGAUUCAGCUUAAUAUCAAAACUGGUUUGUUUUGAAUGUCGUUUAUGCAAUAAAUAUUUUGAUAAUGAGUUGACAGCUGAAGUGCAUUCACGCACCUACAACCAUCAUCGUCUCUUUGUUAAAUUUCUAAACGAAAAAGCAAACGAAACAAAAAUUGCUCAGAAACGAGCUGCAGCUGCAGCUGAGGAAACUGAACGAUUGAAGAGAAUUAAGUUAGAAACCAACGAAGAAGUUGUGAAUAAGUCUGACUUAUAUGAUCCAACCGAAGCAACUGGUGAAGAAGAGUCUAAAGAUACUGAGAUGAUUGAAAAUAUUUUAGGAAAAACUGAAAAACAAGAUUUUGCUUAA